AUGACAUCAUCUCGCUUAUUGCGUUAUUCUUCAUUCCUCAGUGGUCUUGACUAUACAAUUCGAUGCAAGAAAGGGAAAGACAAUGAAAACGUGGAUUGUUUGUCUCGAAGCCCAGUUCAAUCAUCAAUUUCAUCUGAACUAACAUUCGACAAAGAAAUAAACACAAUCAAUGCAGAAACCUUACUUCAAAUCUCCAGCACAGUGAUAACCGCAGAAACGAUAAAAGAAGAAACAGCAAAAGACCCUGAGCAUCAAGUUCUUUUGCAUGAACUGAAAAAUAGUCGCAAAGAUAGCCCUUACAUGAUCUCAGACAACAUACUUUUCCGAUCAGAUCGAGUCGUAAUUCCCAAACGUCUUCAAAAUCGCAUUCUAAAUGAGCUCCAUGAAUCACACCUCGGAAUUACUAAAAUGAAACAGCUUGCUAGAAGAUAUGUAUAUUGGGAAGGUAUGGACAAACAAAUAGAAAGACUAGUGAAAAGCUGUGAAGCUUGUGCUAAAGUUCGUCACAAUCCACCAAAGGCUCCGGUACAUCCGUGGGAUCAGCCCGAUGAUAACUGGGAAAGAGUGCAUAUUGAUUAUGCCGGUCCAUUGGAUGGAAAUUAUUUCCUCAUGUGUGUAGACGCAAAAUCAAAGUGGACAGAAGUUCGCAUUCUUCGAAAUGCUCCUUCCUCAGCAACGACGAUGGCACUACUUGAAAACAUUUUCUCGGUUCAUGGGUACCCCUCGUUCUUAGUCUCGGACAAUGCCACUAUAUUCAAAAGUGAGGAAUUUAUCAACUACUGUAAAGAACGUGGGAUUUUCCAAAAAUUUACUGCUCCUAACCAUCCUGCAACAAAUGGCCUGGCGGAACGAAACAUACAAACUUUAAAGAGAAGACUUAUUGCUGCUGCCGAUGAUCCAACCCCAAUUACCACAAAGCUACAAAACAUUAUGUUCAGAUAUCGAGCAACAUCUUUGGCAUCAGGCAAGACUCCAGCAGAGUUGUAUUUGAACAGGAAGAUUCGGAUUAGACUUGACACACUUCUCCCUAACCCAAAGGCAAAGCUUCCAUCAAAAUCGAUUGCUCCUCUUCGCGUCCGCUCUCUUAAAGUGGGGGAGAGGGUUCAGGCAAGAGUUCACCUGGGAAAUAAAGACAUAUGGCAGUUUGGUACAGUCAAGAGAAAAUUAGGUCAAUACCAUUACAUUGUUGAAUUGGAUUCUGGACGAAGUUUAAAACGACACAUAAAUCAAUUGAUUUUGACUCUUGUAUCCAAGAAGAAAGUUACCUUUACAACACAAAACAAACAAGAUAGUUCUGUUGUUCCAAGACGGAUACCUAUUAUAGACUGUCAAGCACCACCACUAGAGAUCCACCCAGAGUCUGAAUCAAGUUCAAACAAUCCAACAGAACUAGACGGUACUCUAAGGGAAGAAAAUCUAGACAGACCUCAAGCCACAGAACAAAAAGAAAACAAAUUAACUCGUCCUUCCAGACAGCGCAAGGUUCCGUCCUAUCUUAAGGACUUUGCUCUCCAGUGA